CUCGCUUCGUCCUUGCUACUAUCUGUUUCUCGCAAAUCGGCUGCGCUGGUCGCUAAAUCGAAGAAGCGCCUCUUAAGAGCAGGUGAGGGCGAGACGAGUCUCUCACCUGUCCUAAGAUGCAACACCACCAGCCAAGCACCAGCGUCGACUCUCCCGGACCAGAUGCGCUGAGUCCGGCAGCUUCGGAGGUAGGCUCACUAGCCUCUGGCUUUCCCAGCGCAUCUGGUGCAGCCUUCACUCCUUCGAGCGCAAGUGGUAGCGGACGCUAUGGAGGUAGCUUGCUUGCGGGCGCUAGCUCUCUCAACUUGGCAUCACCUGGAGGUAGCAAUUCCGGCGUAGCAGGCUUCAAUGGUGAGCGUGCACAUCCUUCGAGAUUCUCUCGAUGUGCUAUGCGCUGCCUUGGCCGUUUGUCCAUUGCAUGCCGCGCAUAGCUGACCUGUUCGCGGCGCCCGCGCAUGCUCAUCCCGUGCAACAGCCAUUUCGACCGUGCUAAACAAUCCUCACAAGCCCUCCCGUCCAAUCGAUCCCUCUUCGUCCCGAUACCCAC